AAAGCUACAAAACGGAGGCUGCCAGAGGUCCUGGCCAGGCUACAAAAACAAAACGCGCGUCAGUACGAAUCCUGUGAAUAUCUAUGCAGGACACCACGGAGCGGGGCCCAAAGGCUCGUUGAAAACCAGUGAUAGUCCGCUUAAAACUGCACACAAAAAUCUGAAAAAAUCUGAAAAAAUUCGUCAACAAGUUCGCGUAUUUUUCCAAAUUUUUAAGCACAACAUUUAGUUGCUGAAAGUUACAAAAAAAAACAUUUAAAUAAGUUAAGGCGGCCGGAGCAAAAACAAAAUCAGCUGCCUGGGCGCAGCGGCUUCAGCUGCUCAACCAGUGCGCCGAAUCGGGAAUCAGUUAGCAGCAGCGAGACUUGGAGACUUGUAAACACUUUUAGGCCAUGUGCUAAAAGCCAGCCACUCGCUCUGCCCCACGAACUGCGUCAGAGAUUGAGCAGCAAGGGGCAACCAAGCACCCAAGGCGGGCAGAAAGGUAAACAAAAACCUGUGCGCGUGUUUUGUGCAUCAAUAAAACACCGGCACACCGCCCACGCCGCACGACGUCAAGGUCCUCCUUGGUUUUUCUUUUGGUUGUGUUUUCUCCGCCGUGACGUCACCAUGGCUCCUGGCUGCCCACGCCGCCCCACCGCCCUGCUCGCCCACAUCUGGCGCCACUGCAAGCCGCUCUGCCUGCUCCUGGUGCUCCUGCUCCUCUGCGAGACCGUUCAGGCGAAUCCGGACGCCAAGCGCCUCUACGACGAUCUGCUGAGCAACUACAAUCGCCUCAUCCGACCCGUGAGCAAUAACACGGACACGGUGCUGGUCAAGCUGGGCCUCCGGCUGUCCCAACUCAUCGAUUUGAAUCUCAAAGAUCAAAUUCUAACGACCAACGUGUGGCUGGAGCACGAGUGGCAGGAUCAUAAAUUCAAGUGGGAUCCCUCGGAGUACGGCGGCGUCACCGAGCUUUAUGUGCCCUCCGAGCACAUCUGGCUGCCCGACAUUGUGCUCUACAACAAUGCCGAUGGCGAGUACGUGGUCACCACCAUGACGAAGGCCAUCCUCCACUACACCGGCAAAGUGGUGUGGACUCCGCCGGCCAUCUUCAAGUCCAGCUGCGAGAUUGAUGUGCGCUACUUUCCCUUCGAUCAGCAGACCUGCUUCAUGAAGUUCGGCUCCUGGACCUACGACGGCGAUCAGAUCGAUUUGAAGCACAUCAGCCAGAAGAACGACAAGGAUAACAAGGUGGAGAUAGGCAUCGACCUGCGGGAGUACUAUCCCAGUGUGGAGUGGGACAUCCUUGGCGUUCCGGCUGAGCGGCACGAGAAGUACUAUCCCUGCUGUGCCGAACCGUAUCCGGAUAUCUUCUUCAACAUCACCCUGAGGCGGAAGACUCUCUUCUACACGGUCAACCUGAUCAUUCCCUGUGUGGGCAUCUCCUAUCUUUCGGUGCUGGUCUUCUACCUGCCCGCUGAUUCCGGCGAGAAGAUUGCCCUGUGCAUCAGCAUCCUCCUGUCGCAAACCAUGUUCUUUUUGCUCAUAUCGGAGAUUAUACCCUCGACGUCGCUGGCACUGCCGCUACUGGGAAAAUAUCUGCUGUUCACCAUGUUGCUGGUUGGGCUGAGUGUGGUCAUCACGAUUAUCAUACUGAACAUACACUACCGGAAGCCGAGUACCCACAAGAUGCGCCCCUGGAUUAGGUCCUUCUUCAUCAAGAGAUUGCCGAAGCUCCUGCUGAUGCGCGUGCCCAAGGACCUGCUGCGUGACCUGGCGGCCAACAAGAUCAACUACGGCCUCAAGUUCAGCAAGACCAAGUUCGGACAGGCGCUGAUGGACGAGAUGCAAAUGAACUCCGGCGGCUCCAGUCCGGACUCCCUGCGGCGGAUGCAAGGUCGAGUGGGUGCGGGUGGGUGCAAUGGCAUGCACGUGACCACGGCUACGAACAGAUUCAGCGGCUUGGUGGGGGCUUUGGGCGGCGGACUGAGCACCCUGAGCGGCUACAACGGACUGCCAUCGGUGCUAUCGGGAUUGGACGACUCUUUGAGCGAUGUGGCCGCACGCAAGAAGUAUCCUUUCGAGCUGGAAAAGGCCAUCCACAACGUCAUGUUCAUACAGCACCACAUGCAGCGGCAGGACGAGUUCAAUGCGGAAGAUCAGGAUUGGGGCUUCGUGGCCAUGGUCAUGGAUCGCCUGUUCCUCUGGCUCUUUAUGAUCGCAUCCUUGGUGGGCACAUUUGUGAUCCUGGGCGAGGCUCCAUCGCUGUAUGACGACACCAAGGCCAUUGAUGUUCAGCUCUCCGAUGUUGCCAAGCAAAUCUACAAUCUAACCGAGAAGAAGAAUUAAAUUCAAGAGAACAUAGGCUUAAGACAACCUUCCUAGUUUAAUGCAAUGUUUUAGCAAAUUGAUGCGAAUGAAAAUUAAAACACGCUAUAAUAAAAUCGUUGGCCCCAAAGCAGCCAAGCAAAAUGCUGAAAUGCAAA